AUGGCAGCAGCUGAGUGUGAAAACUUAAAGACUGAACUGAGCAACAGUGAACAUCAGCGUCAAGUAAUGGAAAAGAAACAACAAAAUAUGCAGCAUAAGCUGAAUAAGGUUCUGAAUGAGCUGUCCGAAGAGCGAUCAAUCAACAAAAUGUUGCGUGACGAUCAAAACAAAUGGACUGAAAAAGUGAAUAGUUUAGAAAUGAAAAAUGAGGCACUUCAUGAUAAAUUCACUGCUGUAAGUUGA